AGGGAUGGAAGAGGAGGGAUGAAGAAGGAGCAGGAGAAUGGAUGGAAGCAGGAGAAGGAGGUGGGGUUAGGCAAGAGGAGGAGGGAUGGAAGAGGAGGAGCCGGAGGAAGAGGAGGAGGAGGGACAAAGGAGGAUCAAGAAAAGGAGAAAGAAGGCCACGAGGCCAAGCGCUCCCUGCAUUUGCAGCCUCCCCUCACCUGUGGAAUCAUCACCCCCCAAUCCCGCAGGAUUUCCCAUUCCCAAUCAUUGGCCAAUGGAAGAGGAAGCUGUGAGGAAAAGGAAGAUGCCCCAGAACUCCCAGGCAGACAAGGAGCUGAGGAUGGAGACCAGGGAGGACAAAUCCCCACAGCAGAACCUCAUGGGAGAGGCCGUUUGGAGCAGCUCCAGUGCUCAGGAAUCCAAUGAGGAGGAAAAUCCCCUGAGAUCCUUCACAAGGAGGGGCUGCAAAGACAGAUCGGAGGGAUGUGAGGAGGAAAGACCCACACUGUGCCGGGAAGGCGGCCGGAGAUGGAGCCAGAGCUCAGAGCUGGUGGAGCAUGAGAAGCUUCCUGAUGGGGAGAAGCCCAACAAGUGCUCCGAGUGUGGAAAGAGCUUUAAACAGAGGUCCAACCUAAUCAGGCACCAGAGGAUUCACACUGGGGAACGACCCCACGAGUGUGAGGAAUGUGGGAAGAGGUUUCAGUGGAGCUACACCCUGAUCCGUCACCAGAUGGUCCACACGGGGGAGAGGCCCUACGAGUGUGAUAAAUGCAGGAAGAGGUUUCAGCUCAGCUCCAGUCUCCUCCUGCACCAGUGCACACACACGGAGGAGAGGCCCUUCCGCUGCCCUGACUGCGGGAAGGGCUUCAGGCAAAACACUCAUCUUGACAGGCACCGGCGCAUCCACACUGGGGAGAGGCCCCACAAGUGUGAGGAAUGUGGGAUGAGCUUCAGCCGGAGCUCCCACCUGAACCGGCACCAGAGGACCCACACUGGGGAACGGCCCUACGAGUGUGGGGAAUGUGGGAAGAGCUUCAGGCAGAGCUCCAACCUAAUCCAGCACCAGAACAUCCACACUGGGGAAAGGCUUUACAAGUGUGGGGAAUGUGGGAAGAGCUUCAACCAGCAUGCCAACCUGAUCAGCCACCAAAAGAUCCACACUGGGGAGAGGCCAUACAAGUGUUCUGAGUGUGGGAAGAAGUUUCGGAUCAGCACCCAGCUCCUUGUACAUCAGCAAAUUCACUCAGAGGAGAGGCCCUUCCACUGCCCCGACUGCGGGAAGGGCUUCAAGCAGAACUCCACCCUCAUCAUCCACCGGCGCGUUCACGCCCGGGAGAGGCCCUACGAGUGUCCCCAGUGUGAGAAGAACUUCUUACACAGCUCAUCCUUGACCAGACACCAACAGAGGCACCAGGGUCAGAAGCCCCACAAGUGCUUUGGGUGUACAAAGAGCUUCAUCUGGCGGUGCCACCUGCUCCGCCACCAGAGGAUCCACACAGACGAACGGCCCUACGAGUGUGGGGAAUGUGGGAAGAGCUUCAGGAAGAGCUCCCAGCUGACUGCCCACCAGAGGAUCCACACUGGGGAACGACCCUACGAGUGUGGGGAAUGUGGGAAGAGGUUUCAGAACAGCUCCAGCCUGAUCCGGCACCGUCACAUCCACACUGGGGAGAGGCCCCAUGAGUGUGGGGGGUGUGGGAAGAGCUUCAGGCAGCGCUCCCAGCUGAUCCGUCACCAGAAGAUCCACUCGGGGGAGAGACCCUACGAGUGUGAGGAAUGUGGGAAGAGCUUCAGGCAGAGAAGUGACCUAAACUUCCACCAAAAGAUCCACACUGGGGAGAGGCCCUACAAGUGUGCUGAGUGUGCGAAGGGGUUUCUGACCAGCACAAGGCUCCUCAUACAUCAGCAGACACACACAGCAGAGAGGCCCUUCCACUGCCCCAAGUGCGAGAGGGGCUUCAAGAGGAAAUCCACCCUGACAAGCCACCAGUGCCUCCGCAGCACUGGGGAGAGGCCCCAAAAGUGUGAGGAAUGUGGGAAGAGCUUCAGUCAGAGGAAACAGCUGAUCCAGUACCAGAACAUCCACACUGGGGAAAGGCCGUACAAGUGUGAGCUAUGUGGGAAGGGCUUCAGGCAGCUUGCCCACCUGAUCCGCCACCAAAUGAUCCACACGGGGGAGAGGCCCUACGAGUGUGAGAAAUGCAGGAAGAGGUUUCAGACCAGCUCCAGUCUCCUCCUGCACCAGCGCAUUCACACAGAGGAGAGGCCCUUCCGCUGCCCCGACUGCGGGAAGGGCUUCAAGGAGAACUCAACCCUCAUCAAGCACCGGCGCAUCCACACCAGGGAGAGACCCUACAAGUGUGAGGAAUGUGGAAAGAGCUUCUCUCAGAGCUCUAACUUGACCAGACAUCAACGGCGGCACCGGGUCCAGAAGCCCCACAAAUGCUUGGAGUGUGAGAAGAGCUUCAGCCUGAGGUCCAGCCUGAUCCGCCACCAGAGGAUCCACACUGGGGAACGACCCUACGAGUGUGGGGAAUGUGGGAAGAGUUUCAGCCAGAGGUCUGUCCUGAUGUGCCACCAGAGGAUCCACACCGGGGAACGACCCUACCCAUGUGCGGAAUGUGGGAAGAGCUUCAGGAAGAGCAACCAACUGGUCCAGCACAAGAGGAUCCACACUGGGGAGAGACCCUAUGAAUGUGGGGAAUGCGGAAAGAGGUUUCAGAACAGUGCCCACCUGCUCUGUCACCAGAUGAUCCACACUGGUGAGAGACCCUACCAGUGUGGGGAAUGUAGGAAGAGCUUCAAGACGAGCUCUGAACUGAUAAAGCACCAGAUGAUCCACAGUGGGGAGAGGCCCUACGAGUGUCGGGAAUGUGGGAAAUGCUUCAGGCAGAGCUCUGCCCUGAGUGCCCACCAGAGGAUCCACACUGGAGAGAGGCCCUACGAGUGUGAUAAAUGCAGGAAGAGGUUUCAGACCAGCUCCGAUCUCCUUAGGCAUCAGCGGAUUCACACAGAGGAGAGGCCCUUCCGCUGCCCCGACUGUAGGAAGGGCUUCAAGCAAAACUCCACACUCAGCAGGCACCGGCGCAUCCACACUGGGGAGAGGCCCUACGAGUGUGAUAAAUGCAGGAAGAGGUUUCAGCUCAGCUCCAGUCUCCUCGUGCACCAGCGCACGCACACGGAGGAGAGGCCCUUCCGCUGCCCUGACUGCGGGAAGGGCUUCAAGGUGAACUCCACUCUCAUGAAGCACCGGCGCAUCCACACCGGGGAGAGACCCUACAAGUGUGAGGAAUGUGGGAUGAGCUUCAGCCAGAGCUCCAACCUGAUCUGCCACCAGAGGACCCACACUGGGGAACGGCCCUACGAGUGUGCAGAGUGUGGGAAGAGCUUCAGACAGAGCUCCAACCUGAUCCAGCACCAGAACAUCCACACUGGGGAAAGGCCAUAUGAGUGUAGGGAAUGUGGGAAGGGCUUCAAGCACAGCGCCAACCUGAUUGUCCACCAAAAAAUCCACACUGGGGAGAAGCCCUAUGAGUGUUCCGAGUGUGGGAAGAGGUUUUCCACCAGUUCCCAUCUCCUCCUGCACCAGCAGAUUCACACAGAGGAGAGGCCCUUCCACUGCCCUGACUGUGGGAAGGGCUUCACACAGAACUACACCCUCAUCAUCCACCGGCGCAUCCACACUGGGGAAAGGCCAUUCAAGUGUCCCCAGUGUGGGAAGAGCUUCUCCAGGAGCUCAAGCUUGACCAGACACCAACAGAGCCACCAGUAAGGGAAGGCCCUGCAAGUGCCCCUAGUGCAGGAAGAGCUUCAUGCGCUGCUCAGCUCCAUCCUCCCCACUGCAGGACUCAAGUUGGGCAGAGCCCUGGUGACCCACAUUCCCUAUAAUUCAUAGGAUGGGAAGACACCUGGCUGGUUAUCCUUUUGUUUUUGCCUUCAUUUUUUUCUCUUCCUCUCUUUGCACUCAAGAAUCCAAGAGGGAUCAGUCUGUCACCUCAAAACUGCUCCAGUCCCACUGAGAACAACUCAUUUUUAACCCAAAAGGGCUCAAUCCCACCUCAAAGUGGCUUGUUCCCACCUCAGAAAAACUCAAUCCCACUCCAAAGUUACUCGAUUCCACAGCCACCAGGGUGAGAUGAGGUUGGAAGGAGACUGGGAGAAGUGGGAUCCAAAUUUGGAGCAGUGGGAUUUGGAUUGUGUGGGACUGGGUGGGUGGGAUGUGUUUUGAUAGCAAAUUAGACUUUGAGAGUUCUUCAUUUCUGUCCCAUUCAUUUUCAGUCAGUGUCAGUUCUGUUCUCACAGUGCCACCUUCUCAGCUGAUUGUGUUGGUGUCCUCCUUUCUCUCCUGUGUCUCUCUGCCUGCUCUUUUUGUCUCUCAGUGUCUCCCUUGAGCCAGGGCAGCUCCCCCCAAAGCCCCUGCCCUGACUGAAUUCCCAAUGCAGGGGCUACAGCAAGCAUGGAUGAAGUUCUGAGGGCUGGCAGUGAAAUGUCCCUGGAGGAUCUUGCUGCCCUUGACUUUCGGCCUCUUCUUCAGAGCUUUGCCUUCAGGGGAAGGAAGAUCUUUUCCUUUCUGGGAACUGGAAUUGCAGAGCCUUGCAGUGUGUGCCAUGCAGGAGCAUCCAGACUGGGAUCCUGCGGGCUGGGCUCACAUGGACUGGGAUCCUCCAGCCUGGGACUGCAUAGAGUGGGACCAUCUGGAUCAGGAGCAUCCAGACUGGGAUGAUGGGACUGGGACCUUGUAGACUGAGAUUAUACAGACUGGGAUCACAUGGACUGGGAUUUCACAGGCAGGGACCAUCUGGAUCAGAACCAUAGAGACUGGAAUCAUACAAACUGGGAUCAUAUGGCCUGGGAUGGCUGCACUGGAACAAUGUGAAAUGAGGCGGUCCCACCCUGUCCAUAAGCUCCUCCCAGUCCUGCCUGUGGGCACGGCCAAAACACUCUGGAGCCAACGCAACAGUUCUGGAGCGAUCCUGGAGCCAAUCCCAGAGCAAUUCCAUGUUCCAUCCCCGUUCCGGUUCCAGCCUUGGUCUCAGUCUCAGUCCCGGAGCGCUCCCGGUUUCAGUUUUGGUCCCUGUCCUGGUCUGAUUCUCAGUCUCGGAGCAGUCCCCAAGGACUCCUGGUGCUGAUUCCAGUCUCGGUGCCUAUUUUGAUCUCGGAGUGGUGCCAGUCCUGGUCUCAGUCUUGGUCCUGGAACGGUGCAAGUCUCGAUGUUGGUUCUGGUUUCAGUCCCGAUCUCAGUCUGGGUCUCGUUCUCAGUCUCGGAGCAAUCUCAGUCCCAGUCCCAGUGCUGUUGCAGUGCCGGUCUCUGUUCUGGUGUUGGUUCUGGUCUCAGUCUUGGUCUAGGUGCCGGUCCCACAGCAGCGCCACUCGGUGCCAGUCUUGGAUUUCGUGUUAGUCUCAAUCUUGAUGCUGCUGCUGAUUCUGGUGCUGAUGUUGGUCUCUGGUCCAGGAGAUUUUAGGCCCAUUUCGGUGAUUUUAGGCCAAACUGGGCAGGAUUAGGAUGGAUUUCAGACCCCUUUGGAUGAUUUUAGGCCAAAUCUGGUGGGGUUUAGGGUGGAUUUUAGAUCCCUUUGGAUGAUUAUAGACCAAUUUAGCUGAUUUUAGUCCAAACUGGGCAGGUUUAGGCUGGGUUUUCAAGGCUUUUAGUGUGGAUUUUAGGCCCCUUUGGCUGAUUUUAGGCCAAAUCUGGUGGGGUUUAGGCUCAUUUGGGUGAUUUUAGGAUAAGAUGGGCUGUAUUAGAGUGGAUUUUAGAUCCCUCUGCAGGAUUUUAGGCUUAUUUGGGUGGGAUUUCAGCACGUUUAGGGCAAAUCUGGGAGUUAGGGUGGACUUUAGACCCCUUUGGUGAUUUGAGGUAAACCUGGGUACUUUCAUGGUGGAUUUUAUGCCCAUUUCAGAGAUUUAAGUGUGUUUUGAUGUGUGUUUUUGAGGAUUUUAAACCAGUUUGUGCAGUCUUAGGGCCCUUUGGUUGGAUUUUAUAACUCUUUGGAUGAUCUUAACAGCAUUUGACUGAUUUUAGGCCAAACCGUGUGGAUUUGGGGUAGAUUUUAGGGCCCUUUCGGUGAUUUUAAGCCACUUUGUGGGAAUUCAAGGCUCCUUUGAGUGAACGGAGGCCAAAUUUAAUUAGGUUUAGGGUGGAUUUUGGACCUCUUUAGACAAUUUUAUUCCCAUUUGGGUGAUUUUAGACAAAACCUGGCCCUUAUAGGACUGUGUGUCCCCCUUGGCCACGCCCAUUCUCCCUCAUGAUUCCCGCCCUUUCCUUGACCCUGCCCCUUUCCCCUCACAGUUCCCGCCCUUUCCUUGACCCCGCCCCUUUCCCCUCACAGUUCCCGCCCUUUCCUUGACCCCGCCCCCACAGUUCGGGGCUGGGAACGGGGGAGGAGGAGGAGGGAGGGAGGAAGAGGCGGAGCGGCAGCAGGGAGCAGGAGGGGAAGGGCAGAGGAGGCGGAUGUAGCUGAGCUCUGGUAAGACUGGGGACUAGAGUAACGUGAGACUAACCAGUAUGGUUUCUAGCACGAACUCCGCUUUAUUCCGCGAGAUGGCCGGUUAAGUACAGAACGAAUAGUUUACAGUUAGCAGGCGCACUGUGAUAGGUGGUGAACAUACAAAAGUAUGUAAGCAAUCUAGGGUUAAGGUAGCUACAGAGAUUUAGUGCCAUUACCUCUAUGCUGCGAGCGUCCAUACCUUAACACAUUCCUAGUAGCAGAUAAGUUUAUCUGUUACUACGUAUGCUGAACGUUUUGCGGCCUACUAGACCCAGGCCUGAGGCCUAGUUUAGCCUAGUUUAGAAUAGAUCAAAUGGUAUCUGUGAGCAUAUCAUGCCCACGAUACCUGAGAAACUCGGCCACAGGCAGAGGCGGCUCCAGUGCUCCCUGAACUCGCAGCACGGCCAGGGAGCAUCGCCCCCAUCCCGCAGGUGCCCGGGGAGGGGGAGCUCGCCCCAAAUAUCCCGGGGGGGUCUCUGGGUUUGGGGUUUUUUGGGAGAGUUGUUUGGAGCUUGCAGGGAUCCAAAGCCGAGGCGCAGCUGCCCCUCGGGGGGACAUCAGGGGCUCCCGGGAGGUGUUUUUGGGAUCCUGGUGGCAGCAGAGCCCCGUUGGAGGGCAAGGACAGCGGGUUUGGGGAGCCCUGGGAGAGCUGCGGCUUCCCUGCGCGGGACCCCAGAGAGAGGAGAGCCCCAGAAUUGUAAAGCGGGGACCCCAAGAGGGGGAACCCCUGGGAUUGCCGGGACCCCAGCGGGGGGUGUUGGGGCUGGAUGGGCGGGAUGAGUGGGAAAGGGGUUCGGGGGUGCCAGUGCUGGAAGUGGCUGCUCCCAGUAUGAACCCAGUAACUCCCUCCAUGUGGUCCCAUUUUUCUUGGCACUCCCAGUAUGUGGCCAGUCACUGCCAGCAUUCCCAAAUGGGGAGACAGAAGAGGGGCGAGCUUUUCCAAUUCCUGGGACUCCCAGCAGCCUGAGGAUGGUGGGGACCCCCAAUAGAAGCAUGACCCCCAGCAGCUGUGACUGGGGGAAACCCCAAAGUCUCCCUAAUGGGAGAGACCAGAGAAUGGGAACUCCUGGGAGGUUUUUUCGGUGCCAAAUCUUGGUGUUUGGGAGCUUUUUAUGGACCCCAGAUGCCUGGUGACUUCUAGAGAUGGACUUGGGCAGAGGGAAUUUCAAAUUCAAUCUGCUCAUCCCUUGUUUUACUACAAACUAGAAUUUUCCAUUCCCAGCAUUGGCUGGAUGGAGGAGGAGGCUGGGAGGAAGAUGACCCAGGGCACUCGAGGCAGGUGAGGAGGAAGUCACUGCCCCUUUCCCCCUCUCUCCCCCUCCAUCUCUCAGCCCAGCACAGCCCUCGGUUCCAGGACAACUGUCAUAGCUAAUCUAUUAGCUAGACAAGAUAAAUCAGGUCUAACAGACCCAACUCAGCUGACCUGGCUUGUUCUAGAAGUCCCUAAGUAAACAGGAGAGCUCUUGCAGAGACCUCAACCAGUCAUAGCCAGUCUGGAGAGCAGACAUAUCACUGGUCAAGGAGCUAAGAGCAGACAUAUCACUAGUCCAGGGCAGAGCUAAGAGCCAGACCAACGAGUGUAGAACUGGGAGUUUUGAACUUCCUAUGUAAGGGAGUUAGGAACAAUAAAAUGUGCUGUUUGUCUCAUGAUCAAGAGGUCUCGAGUCAUGAUUUGUGUCUCCCUAGCCAUGACCCCCUCGCAUUGCAUGUGGUGCUUCUGUGUGAAGACGACAGCCAUUCCGCCAGAGAGUGAAGGGAGACAGAACAGCCCAUCAGGGUGUAUAAAAAUACAUGCGGUGUGAGAGGCGGAGAAGCUGGAAAAGCUGAAAAACGAGAAGCUGGAAAAAUCUGUAAAACAAGUCAGCGUGAGAGCUGGAAGAACAAAAGCAAAAAGCUGAAAAAAUAGAAAAAAACCCAUCGGAAACAUGGCAAGAUGGAUAUCACUGGAAGACAACCUCCUUGUCCAGGUAUUGAUUCUCCUGUCACCUAAAUGGGGAGUACAGUACAUGCAGCCAGUGUUGCUAACGCUGCUGGCGUGGUCUGGUAACCAUGGAGUAAACCUUAUAAAGCCCUGGAAAAUUGUUUUGGACUUGCUGAGGUGGUUGGAAGCCAAGCAGGACGCAGAGAUGGCAGCAAAGAUGCCAUGGACAUCGCCCACUUUUUUGGCCUGCCAAGGACACUGAGCGGGGCAGAGCAGCAGGUGAAAAACCGAGGGGAAAGCAGCCAUUAUUUACUAGAGUUCCCCCGCUGCCGCCCGCACCGAGUCCAUCCUCAGCAUGGCCAGGUCCGCCCACGCCCCCGCUACAGAAACCAUCUUUAGGCUCUGCACCCUGUAAAGCGGCACGGAGAGAGCCCGCCGAAAACCCCCAAGGUGGCGGAGAGCACGCGGAACAAGGGGCACUCACCCAAGAU